AAAAGAAAGGAAAAAGGGAGGGACUGAGGGAAAAGAAUAGAGGGAGAAGAGUUUUCAUAUUCGUGGGAGAAGCUGUGUCAGUUAAUGGACUGGGAGUCUCAGAACUUGUUCCUUGACUAAAAGAAACAUUUGAAAUAAGCUCUUCACAAUUGCUGUGCUUUCUGGGGAAGAUACAGUGGUAUCAUCAAUUGUAGAUUCACAGAUGGCUGCACUGCGCAAAGAUGGGAGCAGAAAUUACAGUGGAUUUAUAUUGAUAGUUUGUGAUCAAUAAGGACAAUAUCAGAGGGGUGACAUUUAAGGGACGUAAAGCCAGGCCUGUGAGAGUGCAUAUAUGACUGUAUAUUAACGUCAUGGCAUCUCCACAGUCUCUUAACCCUCCUGAAAAAGAGUCCAUGGUCACUGCUGUGACUCAGAAGGCCCAGGAGGAGGAAGAAGAGGAUGAUGAAGAUGAGGAAACUGGCGAGAAGUUUGAGUUUGAUGACAGCGAAGACGAGCAGAAUACAGUGGAGAACUCUGUUGAGACUAAAGAGUCAGGAACUCCUCAUGAGGAAGCUGAGCAUUCAGAGAAUACUAAUGGUACCACUGCCACAAAUGCACUUUAUUGUCAAGCUGUGAAACAUGUCGCACACCAUAAUCAGCAGGCAGUAAACGGAGGGACCCCUGCUGGUCUGGAGGACCAAAAUAUCCCCACACAUCCUCGCACAACAUACCCAGAGAUGGUGGCCAGACAAUCUCCUGAUGGGAGUUCCAUCUCGGCCGAGCCUCAAGUAGCAGAUGAACAAGCAAGCUUUUGGAAAAGAAAUAACAUUUAUGAAGGUUCACAUUAUGGGCCAGAGUGCCGCUAUACAGCUAUCCAGAAGUCUCCCCACAAACAUGCUCAGACAGCCCCAGUUCACUCUCAGGAAUGGUUCAGUGUGGUUUCAGAGCUCACUCUGCGACUGCAUAAAGGGAAAGCCGUUCCUGAAUCAGAUGAAAAUUUACCCUCUGAACAACUAAAGGAGAACUCCGCUCCUCCUGCACGCUCGGAGGUCAUCUACGAUGAUGUGCCUUGUGAAAACAUCAUGCCACCAGAUGCAGAGGAUGAUGUGAUCUAUGAGGAGGUUCAGAGGUCUGGCGAGCCCGGGCUGAUAGACAACGGCUGGGGCUCCAGUGAGUUUGAGAGUUACGAUGAGCAGUCAGACAGCGAGACCAAGCAGCCCACUCGCAAUAAGGUUCAACAGCUCAUGAAAGCAGCUAGGAAUGGCACGAAAGAUGGACUGGAAAAGACGAAAAUAGCCAUGAUGCGCAAAGUGUCCUUCCUGAGUAAAAAAGACUGCACAGAUGACAUAGAGGAAGAUUCUGGAUAUCUGGAUGUGACUGUAUCUGAACUCAAACAUCCACCACCUCAACUUUCUCCAAUGCCAGAAGGGCUCAGUAGCCAACAGGUUGUCAGGCGUCAUAUUCUUGGCUCUAUCAUCCAGAGUGAAAGAAGCUACUUAGACUCACUCAAGAGGAUCCUGUUGGAAUAUAAGAAGCCUUUGAUGGAGGCGGAGCCGCGGAUCCUGAGCUUGAAGAAGAUCCAGCCUGUUUUUUAUAGGCUAAAGGAGAUCCUGCAGUGUCACUCCAUGUUUCAGAUUGCUCUGGCCUCCCGUGUAGCAGAAUGGGAUAAUACUGAGAAAAUCGGAGACCUUUUUGUUGCUUCAUUUUCCAAGUCAAUGGUGCUAGAUGUGUACAGCGACUAUGUCAACAACUUCACCAAUGCUAUGGGUCUUAUCAAGAAAGCUUGUAUGUCCAAGCCAGCAUUCCUGGAGUUUCUCAAGAAAAAGCAGGCUGCCAGUACAGACAGAAUCACUCUUUAUGGCCUCAUGGUCAAACCAAUUCAGCGUUUUCCUCAGUUCAUACUCCUACUGCAGGACAUGCUGAAAAACACCCCUGUGGGGCAUCAGGAUAGGCUGCCACUGCAGCUGGCCCUCACUGAGCUCGAGACUCUCGCCGAGAAGCUGAACGAGCAGAAACGGCUGGCCGAGCAGCUCGCUGAAAUCCAACAGCUCACUCGUAGCGUCAGUGACCGUAACCUCAGUAAGCAACUGAACUCGGAUCAGAAGCAGUUGAUUCUGUCUGAGACACUGAUUGAGACCGUCUAUGGCGAGAAGGGUCAAGUCCUCAAGUCUAAGGAGCGCAAAGUCUUCCUCCUGAAUGACAUGCUCGUCUGUGCAAACAUCAAUGUGAAGGGCCCUCCAGAUAUCAGCAGCCUAGUCCCUAUCGGUCCAAAAUACGCAGUUAAGUGGAGUGCCCCCCUGCUGCAAGUGCAAGUGGUGGAGGUGGGCCAGGAGACCCCCCAGCGUAAAGACAGCAUCUACCAGCAGAGUGGAAGCAAGCGCCUGAGCUCCACCAACUCUCAAGGAAAGCUGUUUCUGGGACCACCACGGCUGUAUCAGGAUCUGCAGGAGUUACAGCAUGAUCUUUCUGUGGUGGAGGAAGUCACAUUGUUGGUGGGCACCCUGCAGGGAUCGUACCAGAAUCUCAACACUACGGUGGGGCAGGACUGGUGCAUGGCUCUUCAGAGGCUCAUCCGCAUCAAAGAGGAUGAGAUCCAGUGUGCCAACAAGUGUCGUCUACGGCUGAUGAUUCCUGGGAAGCCUGACAAGUCUGGCCGUCCAGUCAGUUUCACAGUGGUCUUCAGUACGCCCAGUCCAAUUAGCAAAAUCUCCUGGGUCAAUCGCCUGCAUCUGGCCAAAAUUGCCCUGAGAAAUGAAAACUUGCCUGGCUGGGUGUGUGUAGAGGAUGAUGAAAAGACUAAGCCUCCAUUCUGGUGCCCGUUACUGGCCUGCCAAUUGCCUGUGUUUACCCCAAAAAUGCAAGAUCUGAAGUUGCAGGCUGGCCUGUAUAACCCGGUCCACUGUUCUCUUCUUGGUUUUUCUGCAGCUAGCACAUCCUUGCCUCAGGGCUACCUCUGGGUGGCUAGUGGGGGUGACGACUCCCAUGGGCAGGUGGAGAUUUUCUCCCUUAACAGACCCACGCCACGCUCCGUUAAGAGUUUCUCUCUAGCUUCCCCAGUGCUUUGUCUGGAGUAUAUCACAGAGCCCAGCACUGAUGAAGAACUGGAAACACAAACCUCUGAAGUUCUUUCCAAGAUCGGCAACACCAUCUGUGUAGGAUUAUUGGAUGGCAACAUCCUGGUUUAUGGAAGCGUGGACACUGCUGCUCAGUGUCUGCUAACAUUUUGUAACCCCGAGGGCUGCCCAGUUCUGUGCCUAAAACACUCUGCCAACUUUCUCUUCGCUGGACUAAGUAAUGGAAAAGUCGCAGUUUAUAACCGAAAGGGUGGAGUUACAGAGGGGUUUUGGGAUCCAGAUUCCUGCAGACAUGUGGUUAUUGGAUGCGCGCCUGUCCUCAAACUCCUCCAAAUAGACGAGUGUGUGUGGGCCAGCUGUGCCAACCAGGUCUCUGUGAUUGAAGGCUCCUCUCUCAGGACUCAGAGUUUCGAAGUUCAUCCAGACCCCAUGGUUAGUGUGACCCACAUGGUGCGUGCUGGAGGAGGGGUGUGGAUGGCGUUUUCAGAGGGAUCAUCCCUACGUCUGUUUCACACAGAAACAUUGGAACACCUCCAAGAGAUCAACAUUUCAACACCCUCUGCAUAUCUGAGCCCUGGUCAAAAAUCUGUGUGUGUAACCAGCCUGCUUAUCUGCCAAGGACUGCUAUGGGUGGGCACAGCUCAGGGCAUUAUUGUCACCCUGCCAGUGCCCAGACUAGAGGGCAUUCCCAAAAUAACAGGCAAAGGGAUGACGUCACUUAACGCUCACAACGGCCCUGUUGAAUUCUUGGUUGCCACCUCCAGCAUUUUAUCCCAAGAUUUUCUGAAGCGGGAUUCUACUACGGAGGGUGUGGAUUCAAGUGGUGGAGGUGAAGAUAAGAAGGUGACAAAUUCCUCUCAGGAGUCCCUCCAGCAGGUGGAUGGCUCUCCUCAGGCCAAAGCUAAAGGAGUGCUACUGCAGUACCACCUCCGUUCCACCUCUCAGCUCCCAGGAAAGCUCCUGACGGCCCGGCCCGAAGAAUCAUCCGACUCGACCCAGGACUCUCUGGAGCACACCCUAGAGGACGGUUCCAUCUAUGAGCUAAGUGAUGAUCCCGAGGUUUGGGUCAGAGGGCCUGGGCCAUCAUCAAAGGAAGUGGCACGUAGGGAGAAAGUGACUUCAGCUGCCAUCAUAUCCGGUGGAAAAGGGUUCCGUCGACUCGCUAAAUCCUCCAACUCCCCUGACUCCAGUGAGAACACACUCAUGGUCUGGCAGCUGCCCAUUACAGUUUGAGGCAGUGAUUAAUUCUUCUUCCUUUGGCUUUCAUCAGGAGUUUUUGCAGUGAUGGAGAUUGUUGGAUCAUUGAAGGACAAACAGACUGUAUGGCUUAUGACAGGGGUGGCGAACGUCGGUCCUGGAGAGCCGCAGCCCUGCAGAGUUUUACUUCAACCCUAAU